UCAAAAUGUAACGGUCCAUUCCAUCGUCACUUCCCCCAAAAUUCGAAUUUCAAAAACUCUGUACAGCUCUCUCAUUUUCUCUCUCUCCUUCUUUCUCAGUCUCUCUUGGUUCUUGAAUCUUGAUCAUGAGGCCUACUAACACUGCAGAAGGUAGUACGGAGCCUCGGUUUCUCGGAACUAUUUCGGCUUCUUCGAUCCGAAACCUGCUUCCGAGAUCGAUUUCCUCAUCCGCAUCUUUCUGUAAGAAGAAGCACUUCAAUUCAGAUAUUCGUAAGUCCAAAUCUAAUGCCGAGAACACCCCGCCGAUCGAUCCCAACAUCAUCGACCACAGUAACAGCCAAGCAUCGUCUUUGGUGGUCAAGCAGCUACCGUCCAAAGAUGUUUCCAAUUCUCAGCCGGAUAUCGUUACAAAAGACGCUCAAACGCGAGCGUCUAUGGCUACAGAGUCUCCAGUGAAGGUUGUAGUGAGAAUUAGACCUUCUAAUGAUGGUGACCGAGGAAGAGAUCGGACUGUAAGUAAGGUUUCGCCAAAUGCGGUGUCGAUUGGGGACAGGAAAUAUACAUUUGAUUCGGUCUUCGACUCAAAAAACGAUCAGGAAGACGUCUUCGAAUGUGUUGGUGUCCCGUUAGUAAAGAGUGCUUUAGCAGGGUACAAUACUUCCAUUGUGUCGUAUGGACAGAGUGGUAGUGGAAAGACAUACACGAUGUGGGGUCCUCCGAGCGCCAUUGUUGAUGAUCCGUCUCCUUGUAGUCAGCAGGGCAUUGUUCCUCGCAUCUUGCAGAUGCUAUUCUCUGAGACUGAGAAAGAGCAAAAUAAUUCGGAAGGAAUACAGACAAAUUUUCAAUUCCGUUGCUCUUUCCUGGAGAUAUAUAAUGAGCAAAUAGGGGAUUUGCUUGAUCCAACCCAGCGGAACCUUGAGAUUAAGGAUGAUUCAAAGAAUGGCCUGUAUGUUGAGAAUUUGACAGAAGAAUACGUGGCUAGCUAUGAGGACGUGAUGCAGAUACUCAUUAAGGGUCUUUCAAGUAGAAAAGUUGGAGCAACUAGUGUGAAUUCUAAGAGCUCGAGGUCUCAUAUUGUUUUAACUUUUAUCAUCGAGUCCUGGAGUAAGGGUACCUCAUCAAAGUGUUUUGGCAGUUCAAAAACAAGCAGAAUCAGCUUUGUUGACCUUGCCGGUUUGGAUAGAAACAAAGAUGAUGGUACAGGAAGUGAAAAGGAAGCAAAAAGUAUAAAAAAGUCCUUGUCACGGCUUGGACAUUUGGUUAAUAUUCUAGCUAAGAAACCUCAGUCUGGAAAACCUGAAGAUGCAUUAUACAAGAGUUCCUGCUUAACACAUUUAUUGCGAGAAUCACUUGGUGGCAAUUCUAAGCUUACAGUGCUUUGUGCCAUCUCUCCUGAUUUUAAUCACGAAGGAGAAAUACUUGGAACAUUACGUUUUGGACAACGAGUAAAAUCUGUUGGAAAUGAACCAGUGAUUAAUGAGAUAACUGAGGACGAUGUUAAUGAUUUGAGUGAUCAAAUUCGCCAGUUGAAGGAAGAACUUAUCAGAGCAAAGUCUAGUGGUACGAACUUAGUUGUGAGUAAGCAUGGGCAUUUUCAGGGAAGAAAUGUACGUGAUAGCUUGAAUCAGCUACGAGUGAGCCUAAAUCGCUCAUUAUUACUACCUUGCGUUGACCAUGAAUCUGAUGAGGAGUUACACAUUGAUGAGGGUGAUGUAAAAGAACUACAACAGCAGCUAGAUAAGCUACGUAAAUCUUGGGAAGAAAAUGUGAGAGGCCAAUCUUGCGAUGGAGAUUCCAUCCAGUUGGCUGAAAUUUGUGAGAACGACUUGAAUAGUGAAGAUGAUAUGAACGGGCUAGAUGAAGAAAUGGGAACUGACGUAAUCAAUCUGGAAAAAUCUCAGAAUGAACUUUCUCGUAAGGACAACAUUACAUUGACAGAUGACAUCAGAAGCUCCUUGAACACCUCAAGGGCUGUCAAUUCAGAUAUUAGAAGCAGCAUUUUGAUAAGUUCAUGCAGGCCUGCAAUCCUCCAAGAGCCAACAUUGUCAGAGUCUCCGAAAAUAGGGAAGAACCUAAGGAAAAGUGUGGCUGUUUCAGCGAGUCAUUUGGAUAGUCAGAACAAUGCUGUAGACAAUUCCCAGAUUAAAUCAAAUGUGUUGACACAGUCACUUAGCCAGACCGAAAGUAUCCGAUCUUCUCUGCGGUCCAGCAAGAUAUUUCCAGGCCCUGCAGAGACUUUGGAAGCUAGCCUUCAAAGGGGUUUGGAUAUCAUUGAAAACCAUCAGAGGGGCUCUGCAUUGAACAAAUCUGUUGCCUUCUCUUUUGAGCACUUGACACUGCAACCUUGUCCAGAGGUUGAUAAAUCGAGUUCUCCCGGUCAGACAAUCCUUUGUGCAUCUUGCCGAUCACAGAUUAACAAAAUAGAUCCCAAUGAGGUCCAAGAUAGUUUAAAGACAUGGAUUGUACCAAUCACUGAAGAAGGAAACUCUAACAAGGAUGCUACAACGAGAGGGGAUCUUGAAAAUCUUUGUAUGGAACAAGCAGCUAAAAUUGAGCAACUGAAUCAGUUGGUUGAGCAAUAUAAACAUGAGAAACAUAGUUCCAUUGUAGAAAACAGUCAAGAAGGCAACUGUCAGCAUGAAAUAAUACCGUUUGAUGAGUCUCAGAAUGAAAAAACGCUUUUAAGGUGCAAUUCCAUUGAUAACUAUGAGAUCAAGGAAGUUCAGAAUGAAUCAGUUUUUGAUGUGAAUGAAAAGGAAGCGCUUCUCAAGGAAAUUCAAAUUCUAAGGAGCAAGCUGCAGUCAGAUACUGGUGCAUCUUUAAACAAGUCUACGGAUAAACUAAGGACAUCUUUACUGUCACGAUCAAUUCAACUGAGGAGAAGUGAUAUUUUCCAAAACAAUAAUGACGAUGAAUUGGAAAAAGAAAGACAAAGGUGGACAGAAAUGGAGAGCGAGUGGAUUUCCUUGACAGAUGAACUGCGAAUAGAUAUUGACAUGCAUCGCCGACGAGCAGAGAAAGUUGAGAUGGAGUUGAGAUCAGAGAAGCAGUGCAGUGAAGAGUUGGAUGAUGCACUUCAUAGAGCUGUCCUUGGUCAUGCUAGAAUGGUUGAGCACUAUGCUGAGCUUCAGGAGAAGUACAAUGAAUUGGCUGGAAAGCACCGAGCAAUUAUGGAAGGGAUUGCAGAGGUGAAGAGGGCAGCAGCCAAGGCAGGAAAGAAAGGUCAGGGAGCUCGGUUUGCUAAGUCUCUAGCUGCGGAGCUCUCUACAAUGAGAGUGGAGAGAGAGAGGGAGAGAGAACUUUUGAAGAAGGAAAACAAAAGCCUCAAACUUCAACUCAGAGAUACUGCUGAAGCUGUUCAUGCUGCUGGAGAACUCCUUGUUAGACUUAGAGAAGCUGAACAAGCAGCCUCAGCUGCUGAGGAGAACCUUGUGAAUUCACAACAAGACAAUGAGAAGUUGAAGAAACAAUUGGACAAGAUGAAAAGAAAACAUAAAAUGGAGGUGGUAACCAUGAAACACUAUAUGGCAGAGAGUAAAUUACCUGAAUCUGCAUUGCAGCCACUGUAUCGGGAUGAUUCUACUGAAUUACCACAGAGCACACUCCCGGAUGAUGAUCAGGCAUGGAGAGCAGAAUUUGGGGCUAUAUAUCAAGAUCAUUACUGAUUAUAUAUAGCACACUCCCGGACGAUGAUCAGGCAUGGAGAGCAGAAUUUGGGGCUAUAUAUCAAGAUCAUUACUGAUUAGAUUUGAUAUUGGCUCCAAGUUUGAACCAAACUCUCAAAAAACCCUGAUUAUUUGUUUUUGCAUGAAGAGACCCUACUUGGGUUCCAUGCAAUGCAACACAAGUUUAAUUUAAUAUAUUCAUUUCGUGUAUUCUUUACAAGCAAGUUUUGUAUUUAUGUUAUUUUUAUGGUAAUGGCUCGUUGAAACAAAUACCAAAUUUUAAUGUUCAUCUUGAUAUGAUAUUGGAUUGGAUACAUUAAUUAAGGCCUACCAAAUUUGUGACUUCCUUGA